CCCGUGGCUGUCGGCGAGGGUUGGUGUUCGUCGCGCGUGCUCUCUCCCUCUCUCUCUGGCUUUCCUUCGCGAUAGAGACGUGUCCCGUUGGUUUUUACUCUACUAAAUGUUUCUUCCGUGACAAGUUGGACGCUGUGGAUAUAGUACGUCUAAUGUAUUGAGAGGUUCUAGGGCUCCUCGUAUGGAAGUGAGGUAGUUGGUGCUAUGUUUGAGUAGUGAUUCUCAUUUCAUGUAUUUCUGAGACGUGGCAAAACUUGCCUUGCCCUCGUACGUGAAUGGUUUAAAAAAGAUUACCAAUCUCAAAUUUUGGCUUAUCUCCAGUUCUAAUGAAACGAGGGCUAUGAAAAGCACGACGAGGUGAGGCCUGUGACCUUUGGAAAUCUGAAUAUAAAAAGGAAGUGAGUAUACAAAGCAACGGAAAUGAACAGUGAGGCUAUCGACUUGUGAUGUUAAUAUCAGGGAUAUAUAAUAAUAAUAAUACAAUUAAUAAAAACUAGGAUCAAAACGAUUUCAGUGACCCAGCAGCCUCUCACGCUGAGGAGAUACAGCUCGUGGUGAUGGAUUACUGAAAGUGAUUGAGAGGACUCGCUGUAUCAAAUGUGAUUUUUAGUCAAGAAAUUCGUCCAGCCAUCAUGACCACGCUGACUGGACUGAUGUUCGUCUUCACGCUUUUAGAUGUGCAGGGAGCAUGGCACGGUUCCUUCGUGUCUCCGCUGACCACCACCCUGGACAAGAGCGACAACAACAAGAAGUACAACAGGGGCUUGUUUGGCCAGCAGGAAAUCCAAUACCUCGAAGAGGACCCUCUGUGGACGAGACUCAGCGGAGGGAGGUCGGGCAGUUUCCUGCCCCUCAAUGCCAGCUCCCCAGCAGUGGGGCCAACUACAUCAACCACCACCACCAUCGGUCACUUCGUGAGAGGGGGGGCGGCUAUGUUCACGCCCCCUGCCAGAUUCAACAACAAUAUCCUUCCCUCCUUCGCCAACACGACGGUGACCAACGUCACUGUCAUCAGGGGGAAGACCGUCUACCUCCAUUGUCACGUUCUCAACCUCGGGACUAAGACGGUUUCCUGGGUGAGACACCACGACAUCCACGUGCUGACAGUGGGCCGCAUUACCUUCACCAACGACGACAGGUUCGAGGCCAUGAACAAACCGGGGUCGGAUGUGUGGAUGCUGAGGAUUAAAUUUCCGCAGCUGAGGGACGCUGGGAAAUACGAGUGUCAGGUUUCAAUGAAGCCUCCCAUUGCCAGAGUUAUCAACCUCAAUGUCGUGGAACCGCAGGCAGUCAUUCCUCCAGGCCCUGAGCUCUACGUGGACCACGGAUCUCCUCUCAACAUAACGUGUCUCAUACCUGACAGUCCUGAGCCGCCUGAGAAUAUCUUCUGGUAUCACAGAGACAAGAUGGUGUCCUACGACGGAUCCAGGCAGGGCGUCACCAUCACCACGGACAAGGGCUCCGUUACGACCAGCAUCCUCUUCAUCCCUGACGUGACGGCCCAUGAUUCGGGAAUCUAUGUGUGUGCUCCGCAGGGCAUGAGAGAAGCCUCCGUCAGAGUCAGGGUUCUCAACGGGGAAUUGCCACAGGCCAUGCAGACAGGCUCAACCUGCAGAGGCUGUGUGGGGUCCUACCUACUUCUCCUACUGAUGGUGUUCAACCACAUGGUACUGUGAUCCUUAGUGGACCUUUAAUAAUGUCUCUGGUUAUUCUUUAUUUCUACGAGAACGAGGACAAACUGUUCGCUUCGUAUAAUGAACCGACUAUCAGCAUUAGAAACAAAAGUGUGGGUAAAGCAGUAUUUUCCGUAACGUAUUGCUGAUAUGGUAAUCCAUAAACUCAUGCGAAUAUGAUAUACUUUUGGUGUUGGAGAAUGUGGUUGUAAUAAGAAUCUUUUUAUUUAAAUGCCUGUACCUGGCAAGUGUGUGAAUGCUCUUUUGUGUGUGUGCAUGUUAAGGCAUACGCGCAUGAAUUAUGCGAAUACGUGUUAAUCAUUAUUAUUAUUAUUAUUAUUAUUAUUAUUAUUAUUAUUAUUAUUAUUAUUAUUAUUAUUAUUAUUAUUAUCUUAAAGGACAAACAUCCAGUAUAUUUCAGAAACUUCGUGAUGACAUCAAUUGUUUUCUAAGCCUUUUUCCUCAAGGAUUUGAUUUUCUCUCGUCAGUAAAAAUGGUAAGAUAGACGAUUGCAAAAGGACGUUAUCAAACUUUUCUCUCAAACAGAAUUUACUUCAAGGCUCAGUGAAGAAAGCCGUGAUGGAAAUCAUGAGAAUUAUAAAACUCUUACCUUAACUGAAAGUUUUUUUUUUAUUAAAGAAAAGAAAAAAAUUAUGUUCCGUCUUUCUUCCGUGUUGCUUCAUCUUCGUUUAAUAUUUUUUCUUUGAAUCUUUUUCAGUUUCUUCCUACAAUUUUUUUUUCCAAAUUCAUAUUGUGAUCUAUUUUCGGGAAACGAUACGUUCUUUCGAGAAGAAUUUACCGAGUUGUAGAAGUGGACAAUCAAAAGAUAAUAAUUCACACGAUUUCUAAAGUGUUUUGGUGACUUGACAUGGCUGAUGCUUUUCUUAGUCUCACAGGAUGCCCACAGAAAAAAAGGGCUUUUAAACAAUGUUGCUAAAUGACUACACAAGCAAAUUCAAAAUGAAGACUGAAUUCCUCAGACGUAAUGAUGAGCCCUAAUGAACGCACCCCGAGGGACAAACAUAUCAGCCAGACAUAAUAACGUCCCUCGUUCACUGUAUUUUUUUUAUUUUCUUUAUACUGCCCUUUGCGCAACCUAAUGAACGUACCUUGCAAUGCUCUCACGAAAUACCGUUUGGUGAAUUUCUACCAGUGUAAAAUGAUUCGUGAUGUUGUGGAUGUGGACGGUCUCUGCAGACGAAUUUGCAAAUGGAAACGAUGGAUGGAAAAUGGCUCCUUGUAUUACUGAGAAUGUUUAUUCUCUUUUAAGUUAUUCCUGUACAGAUUUAUAAAAGGUGCGUGACAAAUGAAACUUCAAGAUGUUUUUAUUUGAAUGUUUUUUUGAAUAUUUUGUACCGUGUGAAUGGGAAUAUAUAUAUAUAUAUUUUUUUUUUUCGUCUUGGAGAAGGGAACAGACUUGUACAGAAAUUCGUAAACACGAAUUCAGGUACAGUGAAGAAAUAAAGAAAGACAUGUUCUUAUAGAAAGAAAUUGUGUAGAUUUUAACUAUUGCACGGAUCUGCAUAUACUAAUGACCAUUUGGGAAGAUUAAAAGUAAAUUAAAGUUAAAAGAUUUCCCUUUUGGUUACAAGAUGAAAUUUGUACAAUGUUGUCAUUCUCUGUACAGGAAUACAUUAUGCAUUAGCACAUGAAGAAACAUUAAUAAAGACAAUGAAUUAUAUUACAUGGGAAUUAACUUGCAGACACACAUUAAUACACACACACACACACACACACACACACAC